CGCGGCCGCGAUCGUCCUCUUCUGCCUCCAUCGCGUCCUCUUCGCGUCGUCGUCGUCGUCGUCGUCGAGCGACGGCGGCGACUUCGGGACGUCCGGCGGCGUCCGCGGCGGCGGCUCGUUCGGCCACGCCGCGACGUCGUUCGCGUCCUCCUCCUCCUCGUCGUCGUCGUCGAAGAUUCUCGCGGUGUCCUCGUUCACGCCCGCGCGCGUCGACGUCGCCGCCGCGCAGCGGUCGUGCGCGCCGAGGAAAGAUCCCGCCGCGGAUCGAUCGACGAAGAAGGACGGCGAUGAGGGCGGACCGAUGGUCGUCCUCGUCACCGGCAGCGCGGGCUUCGUCGGCUUCCACACCUCGAUCGCGCUCCGCGAGCUCGGCGCCGGCGUCCUCGGCCUGGACAACGUCAACGACUACUACCCGACGUCGCUGAAACGCGCGCGCCUGCGCGAGCUCGACUCGAAAGGCGUGCACACCGUCGAGGCGGACGUCAACGAUCGAAACGUCCUGAGAGACGUCCUGGACGCGUGCAAGUUCACGCACGUCCUGCACCUCGCCGCGCAGGCGGGGGUGCGGUACGCGGCGAAGAACCCGGGGGCGUACGUGCACUCGAACGUCGCGGGGAUGGUGAACGUGAUGGAAGAGGUGGUCAGGACGAGUCCGACGCCGAGCGUCGUCUUCGCGUCGUCGUCGUCCGUGUACGGGCUGAACACGAAGGUGCCCUUCUCGGAGGACGACGUCACGGACACGCCGGCUUCGCUGUACGCGGCGACGAAGAAAGCGGACGAGCUCCUCGCGCACACGUACAACCACAUCCACGGCGUCGCGAUCACGGCGCUGCGAUUCUUCACCGUGUACGGCGCGUUCGGCCGGCCGGACAUGGCGUACUUUUCGUUCGCGAAUCAGAUCGCGAAGGGGGAGCCGAUCAAAAUUUUUCAAGGCGAGGACGACGCCGGCGGGGCCAAGGAGCUCGCGAGAGAUUUCACGUUCAUCGGCGACGUCGUCUCCGGCAUAAUCGCGUCGCUGGAGACGUCGGAGGCGUCGGGGAAGAAACCGGACGGCGCGAAGCCGAAGUUUAGGGUGUAUAACCUCGGGAAUAAGACCCCGGUGACGGUCUCCGAGUUUGUCGGGGUGUUGGAGAAGCACUUGGGGAAAAAAGCGAUUCGCGAGUACGUCCCGAUGCCGAAAACCGGGGACGUGCCGUUCACGCACGCGGACAUCUCGCGCGCGCGCAGGGAGCUCGGGUACGAGCCGAAGACGUCGCUGGACGACGGUCUGAAGAUUUUCGUGGAGUGGUACAAGGGGCACUAUAAGAACGGCGCGAAUAGCGCGGAGCAGCAGUACAUUCCGGCGUAG